AUUCUCAUAAAAAUCCCAAGGCGCUGCCGUGCUGGAACCUGCCUACUCUGAUGGUCUAUGCUGCUGGACCCUUCAUUGGCGUCUCCAAGAAGUGGUCGUCUGCCAACCUCAGCACCCCCUUCAAGGUUGAUAACACGAGGAGUAUUCGGGAGCUUGGGCUCAAGUAUCGCCCAAUUGAGGAAAGCUUCCAGGCGUAUUAUGAGUCCUGGGAACAGGAGCAGGAGCAGAAGCAGGCGAAAGUUUGAUUGGCAUGUGAAUGAUACGACGCUGUCUGUUCUGUCCCAAGUAUGUCG